GUCACUGACUCACCACUAGAGGCUCGCAGCAAUAACAGGACUGCAUCUUUGUGCAGUUGAAGGAAUUUCGCCAUCUUUGGAGCUCUAUACGCUACUCUUCUAUUUGAAUAUUGUGGCCGCAUUCAAUUCUUAUGGUGGCAAUGUCCAGCGGAAAUCAGUUAAUUGUGCCACCUCGUUAUGCUCUGGAGUGGCAAUUUCCGCUCAAUAUUACGAAGCGUAAAGAUGCCCAUCACUCAAUUAACGACGAGACCCAGACUUCGCGUGGGAGUCACACAUCCAAACUACACCAAGAUGACGCCGACGAGGAACGAGUCUUGUCUUGGCAAAAGAGCCAGUCAACGGCGACGCUUAAUCUGAUACACGACUACAAUCUCCGAUCUGGCCCCGAAGCGCCUAUACGAAUCAAGAACAAUUAGGUUCAUGAGUAAGCGGGACACACGGAGCAAGGACCGUCCCUCGAACUCUGGCAGGCCAAAUGACACGGUUUUCUUGGAGUUUCGCAGGCCUCGGUGCAAAUGACAUACAGGCGUACCCCUGAAGUAGGGGAAAAAAUAGGGGUCGAUAACUGAGACGGAAAAGAUUUGCCGUCAAUGACUCUCAGCGACGAUGACGGAGAACCGCCCGAGGAGUUGAGAUCUCCUUGACCUUGGGUCUCACCUCCCGCUCCCCAGAGCCAUCUCUCUUCCCCCGCCCACACUCGUUGCGCCCUUGGAUCGAAAGAGUUGAGACCAUUGAUAGACGUGGAGCAUCAUAGAGGAGCAGAUCGAUCGUGCUUGGACACUCGGUUCUCGAUCUUGAAAGGCAUGAUGGCCCACUCACACUUCCCCGCCACACCCAACGAGAAAGUGCCGGCGCUUUUCGGAUGCCCAUGCGUAUGGAGCCAUGUGCCGCUCUACGGCGAUGCCCAGCGACGGCGCCGCUACCACCACGCGCUGACGAAGCCCGACGCGCCGGGCAUGGUGCUGCGUCUGCCGUCCGAGAUCAUCCUCUGCGUCGUCGACGCCCUCUUCGACCUGUACGCCAAGGAGGUGUCCCUGGGCUACGAGAAGUACUGGGAGUCGUCGUGUCUCCCCUACGAGACGGACAUGAUGUGCCCUUUCUGCAUGCUCCCCCGCUUCGACGUCUGGCGAGACGUGGCGAACUUGGCGGCGACGUGCCGCGCGCUCUACGAGCUCGUCACCCCCGUGCUCUACCGCCGCGACGCGGAGAAGAACCACUCGUCGGCGCUGCUAAUCUCGGCCAAGAGGGGUAACCUCCGCGCCGUGAGGCUGGCGCUGGAGAACGGCGCCGACGCCGACGCCGACGACCACACGAUGCCGCUGCAGUGGACCAACGAGUGCUUCCGGUACUGUGAGCACUGCGAGUACCAGGUCUGGUGGCGGGAGCCGAGGAGGCUCGACAUGGGCGCGCUGCACUGGGCGGCGCUGUGCGGGCGGCCGGACGUCCUCGAGCUCCUCCUGCGUCACGGCCGAGACGGCGGCGGCGUAUCCCCGGACAAGAGGGCCACGGUGCACCCCGGGCUGGACGCCGGGAACUUCGGUUCCCUGCGGUACGUGGAGGAUUACUGCGACGAGUACAACGCCAGCUUCCCCUGCGUGGCGUUGCAGACCACCAUGGGCUAUAACCCCGUGAGCGGCGAGGGCGCCAACGCGCUGUACUUUUUGCUGGGGACGAGCAGGCUGAGAGACCCGAGCGAGACGCUGGCGAUGGCUCGGUUACUCGUUGAGGCCGGCUCUUCGCUCCUGACACACAAGUCGGCCGGCCUCCAUGCACUUCACCAGGCUGCCGCGUACGACAACGUCGAGGUGACGAGAUUCCUACUGGGGGAGAUGAAGACCGACCCGAACGUCCCGGACGCCGCGGGCAACACGCCGCUCCACCACCACAUCGACUCGAGGUUCAGGGUCGAGGGGGCCGCCAAGGACACGAGGACGCUGGCGGUGCUGCUCGGGCACGGCGCGGACCCGAACCUGCGGAACGCGGACGGCCUGUCGCCGCUGGACCUGUGUCUGUUCACGACGCUGCUGGGCGGCGACAGGAUGAGGCUGUCGGUGAUGUUGGCGCGGAACGGGGCGACGUUGAGGGAUCGGGACUUGGGGCUCCACGCGGCGCGGCUGACGGGUGAGCAGCGCGGGGAGCUCAACGCGGCUUUCCGGGAGGCGAGGAUAUCGGGAAAAAGCGAAUGGGACGGGAGCAUUUGA